UUUCAGGUGAAGAAACGCGAGAAGCACCGAGACCCCAACGGUUCGGAAAAAAAGCCACUAUCUAAAGUAAAACUUACAUUUGGUGGUUUAAACGCGGUGGGUCUUAAGUCAGAUCACGAGUAGCCGUUUUGUUGCACAGUAGGCUUAACGGUUCCCGUCCAAACUGAGAGAAGAUGAGCUACGGAAGGCCGCCGCCGGACGUGGAGGGGAUGACCUCCCUGAAAGUGGACAACCUCACCUACCGAACCUCACCGGAGACUCUGCGCAGAGUCUUCGAGAAGUACGGUCGGGUGGGAGACGUUUACAUCCCCCGGGACAGGUACACCAAGGAGAGCCGCGGCUUCGCCUUCGUGCGGUUCCUCGACAAGCGCGACGCCGAGGACGCGAUGGACGCCAUGGACGGCGCGCUGCUGGACGGGCGGGAGCUGCGGGUUCAGAUGGCCCGCUACGGAAGACCACCGGACUCCAUGUACAGCCGGAGAGGGGCUCCGCCACGCAGAUACGGAGGGUACGGACGCAGAAGCAGGAGCCGUUCGGCCAGUCCCCGCCGUCGCAGGCGAAGCCGCAGCCGCUCCAGGAGCAGAAGCCGAUCCCGAUCCAGGAGCCGCCACCACUACAGCCGCUCCAGGUCCCGCUCCUACUCCAGGUCGAGGUCUAGGUCCAAGUCCAGAACCCCGCGACGAAGCAAGUCAAAGUCUCCUUCCAGGUCUCGAUCCCGGUCCAGGUCCAAGUCGAGGAGUCGAACCCCGCCUUCCAACAGAGGGUCAAAAUCCAGGUCCAGGUCCAAAUCCAAGAGUAGACCUAAAUCCCCAGAGGACAACGGAGCCGAGUCUUAACCCAAACGUGGACACAACAUGACGCUGCGGAGUCCUGUUUGCAAAGGGAGAAGGAGGAGAUGGGGGUGUGGCAGUGUGAGAGCAGUUAGUGUGUGACCCGCCCAUGUGACCUGCCUGUUGCUGAGAGCGAUGGCAGUUGCUAAGGAGCAGGUCACCAAGGCAACGGUGGUUGCUAUGGAGCAGGUCGUCAUGGCGGUGGUUCGGGCUGUCAGUUGGUGUAUGAGGUGGUGUGGUGAGGUACGUUCACGGGGAUCACAGGCAGAUGCACUGUGGUUUCCUCCGCCUCUCACAAAGGAAACGGACCCCGAGGUUUGUUUUUCAAAUAUGCCCGAGUGUAAAAAAUCUUGUAAGAGCUAGUUUUUGGGAGUGUGGGGCCAAGGACAGGUGUGUAAACAAAUGUGAAACUUAAUGUUAGGUUUACGUAAAGAAGAUGGAUGACCACCACAAAGUCAGAUUGAUAAAUGUUAGCGUCAGGGUACAGAUCAGACCAGUACUGCAUUUAAAUGUCCAGGUCAGCUGCAGGAGUGAAUGUAACCUCCUAGUUUUUCUCUUGCUAACUCCAUUUUGUUUUUCCUUCCAGAUCUCAGAUGGUUGAGCCUUUGCCGAGGACAUCAGGAUCAGUCUCACAUUGAGCGAGUGGACUCCACUAUUACCACUGAAUGCAGACUGAAAGGUUAUUGGAGCUUGGUCUAAAAUGUUUUAAAAUGUUUAAUUUGACCUAAUCUGCCUAAAUAAAUUCUGUAUCUUUGACAUGAUCGUUUGUAAAGCUGAGCAUAUUGAAAGGGAUUUGUAAGGUAUUUUGUCCCCAUUUAAUUUUUUUUAAAUUUUGCCAUUUCGAUUGAAUUUGUACUUGUUAAUGAAUUCUUCUGAAUUAAAGUAGAUUCCAUUCAGUGAAGGCCCUCAUUUAGCACUCUUUCCAGUUGGACAUGAAAGAGUUUUAUUUUCACAGUCGAUGUAGAAAAGGUUGUCACGUUUUGAUGUCCAGAGCAUUUCCAGUUAUGUUAUACCACUCUUACAGAGGACGAUGGCUCACUGUACAGUGUCAUGAAAGCCACUUAAUUUGUAACUUGCUAAUCCAGCAGUGUAGUAUUUUUUUCUUUUUCUGUCAAGUCUGUUUUUUUCCUCUGUCUGGUUAAAGUUGCUUUCCUAUGACUCUAACCCUCUUUCUUGUGUAUCUUUUGUGCACUAGGCGCAGUUGUGUAGCAGUUGAGUAAUGCUGGUUAGCUGUUAAGAUGCGGUGCAGUGCGGUGGUGACAUGGUGUGGCGUGUUGCGGUGCUGAGUGCCCGGCGCUGUUCCGGGGCUCGACCCUCCGCUGCCGUUUGCCGGUUUGUAAGCUCACAGGUGUGGCAGAUCAUCCAUCCUCUCCUGUCUCGUGACCUCUCCUUCCCUCCAUGUGCUGUACAGAUUCUCUCCUUCUUCCUUUUCUCUUUAUCCCCCCCACCCACCCAACCACCCACCCAACCCUACUGUGGUUUAUCCACUGUUGAUAACUGGUCUUGCUCGCUUUGAAACUGGGUCCAGUGCGACCCCGAGUGAAGGGUUUGACGGGCAGUUCUGGCUGCUUAAUGAAUAUUUUUUGUGUAUUGCAUUCCUCUGUGAACCUCUCAGAUGUCUUGUAAUUGCUUCAGGUGAAUGCUAAUAAACAUCUUUGUUGUAAAUAA